AUGGCCUACCAGACUGUGCGAAUGAACCUACAGUUCAUUGCAGAGAUUGUGAAGGGCUCCAACUCUAUUGUCGGUCUUGCAUUGUGUCACUUCACAGUGCAAUGCCAUUGCACAAUGUUGAGUGCGACAAUCCUAUUCACGCAUUCGACUUCACAGUUUUGGACAUAUGUAAAUGGUAUACAUAAUGUCUCGCUCUUUUUCUGUAAUUGUGCAACUGCCAAGACACGUACGAUCCAAAUCUUAUGCUCACGAUGGUACCCUGCAACAAAAACUGAUCCACAAACUGCCACCACCUUCCGUCUUCUCGACAAUUUUCAAAUGUACACUUUCGAGUCCAAAGGCUCUGCCUUUGAAUAUUGGCAGACACUGUCUCGCCUGUCAGACAAUAUGGGAACAAAACCGCCCAAGGACCGUUACGAGGCUCUCUUGGGAAUGAGUCGACAGUACCGACAUUUGCUAGCUCUCAAGCGAGCUGGUCGUGCCCACAAUGUCCGUGGAGUACUGGGUACGAAGCCUGGGGAGCUCGCUGUCCCAUGCCCUGCUUGCCCUCAACCUGGCAGAAAUCUCCCGCCAGGUUGGGAGAGUGCUCCUCCAAAUGACAGAUGGUUAUUUGCCUUGUUUCUUGGAAUCGAUGCAAACUUCCGAAUGUGCCACUGUAAUAAGUCAUCGGAAGAAGCGGAUCCAAGCCUGAGCACGGGGUGGGCGUACUUCGUGGAGGAAUCGAGCUUCAAAGGGCUGUUGGCCGAGCAUGCUGGACAAACUCAAGAGAAAAGCUCUUGUGCUAGCCACAAUGCGGUGAACUUGGCGGAUUCCAAGAAUGUGCACGGCCUCGCAGCGACAGGCAUUGGCGCUGUCGUCUGUGCGAGGCACAACUUCAAGCGGCCGUCUGCCGUUGGAGAUCUCCAAAAGGGCGAGAAUGACCUGGCGGUCUUUAAUAUAUCAUACAACAUUGUGUGCCAGUGGAGCAAACACCUCUGGACAUGCAUGUCACGCUAUCCUUCGACGCUUCAUUUUUCUCCUGGCAGCAAGACAAUCACAUUCCUCAUACCCAAGUUCCACCUCCCAGCACACAUUCCCGCUUGUCAAACCACCUUCUCAUUCAAUCUCAUUAAAGGCAUGGCCAGAACGGAUGGGGAAGCACUGGAGAGAGCAUGGUCAAAUAUUAAUCCCGUGGCAACCAGUACAUGUGAGAUGGGCCCUGGCUCGAGGUGGGAUACCCUUGACGACCAUUUCAGUGAUUGGAAUUGGCGCAAGGUCUGCAACUUCGGGCCCUUUCUCUUGCAAAAGUUGAAGGAAGCUAUCCCACAGCGGAACCAACAUGUGUUGGACCUGGGGGACUUCGAGGAGGCCAUUCCAACAGAGAGCCUUGCAUCAUGGCAUCAAAUGGUGGAAGAAUGGGAGGCUGACCGCUCCAAACCUAAUCCAUUCGAAUCGGCCGCUGUCCCUGUAACUCAAGCUUCUGUCCACCUUGAACUUUCGCAAGCUGAAGCGGAUCAGCUCAAAUGUGGCUUGGAUGUCUCCUUGCAUGCUGAAGUGUCGCCGAGUGUCUUAAUAGCAGCUGGAACAGAUCUGGAGGCGCAGCAACGCCGCCUUGCCUCUGAUAAGGCAGUCGUCGGUAUGCACUCCACUGAUAUCCAGCUUUCGGCCUUACAGCAGCGGACAAAUACUUUGCGCCACCGACUGGACCACUGGACUGACAACUUGGGCCCUGAGUCUGAGGAAGAAGCAGUCCAUAACAUCAAGUUGUGGCUACCUUCUGCAGUUCUCAGACUACCCAUGCAUUGCGAUACCAACCUCACACAGAUUGAGUGGCAGCUCCGUGUUGCUCAGGCUCACGAGGCCUUGCACGAACUUCAUCAGAAUUUGCGUCUCAAGUGCCACCUUAUGGGAUUCAAGAGAGAUUGGAUUAUGGGACAGCACGCUCACACACGAUCUGCACUCGAAGUUCUGGCUGAGGCGCUCUUGGAGGUAGAGUGGAUGAACCAGUUCCCAAAGCUGGAGAAAGAGCAAGCUGCCAGUGAAUCCCAGACUGAGGGACGGAGACUGGUGGCUAUCUCGUGGAUAUGGAAGCAGUACCAUGGUGCUGGGCAAGAAGAACUAUCCGAUGUGAUGCGUAUAGAGUGGUGUAAGGCGCGCGCACGGGCCAGCCAGUGGUCUGAGGAAGUCGAGCUCCUCCAGGAGGAAAUGCGGCGGGUGUCUGCCUUCUUGGAGUGGCAAACGGAUUGGUGGAAGGACCACGCUACCCCAAGGACAUGGCUAGAUGAGAUGGAGAACAAAGGGGCGAGUGCAUAUGCCCAUCAGCAGGCAGGCAUCCAUCAAGCAAUGCGUGCACGAUGCAUCUCCAUCUGGAGUGUCGUGCCUGGUCUUGUUGCUUUCUCUCUGGUCAUUUCACCCACGUAGGACAUUUUUGCAUAUGUUUUUGCUAUCUCAGUAG